UUUUGUUCUGAGAUUAUGUCGGGUCGCGGGAAGCAAGGAGGCAAGGCCCGUGCAAAGGCGAAAACUCGCUCAUCCAAAGCAGUUUUGCAGUUUCCGGUAGGCAGGAUUUACCGCCUGCUCCGCAAGGGCAACUACGCCGAGCGCGUUGGGACAGGUGCGCCAGUACACUUGGCAGGGGUAUUGAAGUACAUAACGGCUGAGAUCUUAGAAUUAGCAGGUGAUGCAUCACGUGACAAGAAGAAGCCGCGCAUCAUUCCUCGCCAUUUGCAGCUGGCCAUCCGUAAUGAUGAUGAGCUUAACAAGCUCGUGGGGGGGGGGGGGGGGGGGGGGGGGGUGUGACUGUUCGCUCAGGGUGGCGUCCUGUCCAAUAUCCAGGCUGUGCUGCUACCCAAAAAGACCGAGAGCCACCAUCACGAAGUACAGAGCUAG